AUGGUCAUGAAGUUCAUUUGGCUGCACGACAAGUACGGGAUCCCGCGUCGGCUCGUCUCCGAUAAUGGGAGACAAUUUGUGGGUCAGAAGCUCAAGGAGUGGUGCGAAGGGUACGACAUUCAUCAAGCCUUCACUUCAGAAGGGACCGGGGCAACGCCCUUCCACCUAGUAUAUGGCGGCGAAGCAGUCGUCCCCGUCGAAGUCGGGGUUGAAUCCAACCAGAUACAACACUACAACGAAAACAACGCUGAGCGGAGGCCUUUGGAGCUGGACUUGGUGGACGAAGCGCGCGCUAAAGCGGCCCUCCGACUGAUGGCAUACCGACAUAGGAUGAAGCAGAGCUACAAUCGGAGGGUGAUUCCAAGAUCGUUUCAGGUCGACGAAUUGGUGUGGAUGAAAGUAAAGUCGGUCGGCUACGUCACCAAGCUAGAAGCUCCGUGGGCUGGACCCUUCAGGGUCGUGGAGAAGCUCCGUUCGGGCGCCUAUUAUUUGGAUGAUGAGGAUGGGCGAUGA